CAUAGUGGAAGCUCCGGUGGAAGUUAAACCCAAGGGCGGCAACGGGAAGAAGGAGAAGAAACAAAGGGGCAAGCAGGAAAAGAAGGAACCACCAUCGCCUCCGGAGGAGAUCGAGCUGCGCGUGUCCAUGCACUGCGACGGCUGUGGCAGGAAGAUCAGAUGCGUCUUGAAGAGCUACGAAGGUACACCAAUUCUACAAUGAGCUUCGACCUUCAACAUCUCCUCUGAAAACGAUCGAUGUUCCAUGGCGGCAGGAGUGGCGGAGGUGGCGGCAGACGGGAGAGCGGUGAAAGGGAAGAAGCCCGCGGCCAGUCCUCUGAAGGUGGUGGAGCAUCUCGAGAGGGAAACCGACAAGAAAGUGCAGCUACCGACUCCUCUACCACCUCCACAACCAGGGAAGAAGAAACCUAAAGCAAAAGAUCAGCUGAAAAAGAAGAAGAAGAAAGAAGGAGAAGACAAGAAAGAAGAGGUUCCUAAGCAAAAUCUUUUUCGCAAGCGGGCACAAAGGCUAGCUAUGAAAAGCUCUGUGUAUGCACAAACAGGUGUGGAGUCAGCGGAGGCGGACUGGGAGGCCUCCAAGGUGACGGUGAAGGGCGUCUUCACGGCCGAGAAGCUGGCGGGGUACGUGUACGAGAAGACGACGAAGUACGUGGUGGUGACGAGGGACGAGCCUGCAGCGGCGCCGGAGAAGGUUGAGGAAGAAACGAGCAGCGGAGGAGGCGAGGAAGAGGAGGACGAAAGUGGCGGCGCAGCUGAUUUGUCAGGAGCUCAAGAGCAGGAGGAGGACGCCAUUGAUGAAGGCGAGGACGCUGAAGACGAGAUGAUCGAUAAAAGUAGUGGAAAGGGCAAAGAGGCGAUCGGGAUGCAACCGACGACGAAGGUUGCGGAAGAAGAAGAACCGACAUGGAACCAGCGUUGCCAACCGUGUUCAGCGUAUGACACGAGGUUUCCGCCCAACGUCUGUCCUCUGUGUGGGAGAGGGUCGUUUUAUUAUCCUGUUCAAAAUCAAGAGUAUCCCGCUGCUGUGUUUCCACAUCUCUUCAGCGAUGAAAAUCCCAAUGCCUGCUCUUUGAUGUAA